AUGUUAUUUUGGUUACAGGAAGUUUUUUGUUCAACACAAAUAUUAGAUCAAAAUUUACCAUUAGAUCUAAGAAUAAAUAAAGCAGAUAUUUCAAGAGCAUCUGAAAACAAAGAAUUAUGUGAACAUGAAAGGUUACAAGAAAAACGUCAAGAAUCGACUAAAACAGAAGAUGAAUAUAUGAAUGAUAAUCAAUCUGAUUCUAAUUUAUUAACAAUUUUUACAGGUAAAGAUUUAAAAAGUAGAUAUAAAAAUAUUGAUUAUGAUUUAUUUAAUUUGUCGUCUUCAAUAACUGAAGAGAACAAUUUGAUGCCACCCAGUUGCACAAGAAGUACAGUUAUUAAAUAUGUAUCUAAGAAACAAUAUUGUACAUCAAAACAAUCAAUAAGUGACAAAACAUGUCUCAAAACUUCAAACAGUAGUGGAAAUGAUACAAUGGAACAUUCUCAAAUUAAUUCACCUUGGAAUAAUAAUAAGAAUUUAUUAUUACAUAAAAAUCAAAAUGAUUUAAUACAAGAACAAUGUGUUACUUCAGAAAACAAUGCAUUUUUACAGAAAAAUAAUAAUGUUUUGGUUUUAUCAAAAAAUCAAACUUAUUACUUAAAGACUGAUGGUGUACAUAAACCAAGUGCUGUUCAAACAGAUGCUUCAUUUAAUGUUGGUGUUUCGUCUACGAUUAAUAACCCUGAAAGUAAUUUUUCUUUUAAUAAUGCUUACAAAAAUGAGAACAACGUAAAAGAUAAAAGGAAAGAAUUUAAAACUAACAAUGUAUCUAAUAUACAAACAAACGGGAAUGAAAUUACAUUUAAAUCUAAAAGAAAAAGAAAAACUUAUAAAACAAUUCUAAAAAAUCAAUUUACAGCUAGCGAGCGCGAACUUUUUGAUAAAUACAAGAAAUCUGAAGAGCACUUUAGAGAGUUUUAUAAAUUUGAUAUUAAAGAUCAAAUGCUGCAAUUUAUUAAGAAACUAGAAAUAUCUAAUCUUUCUAAUGACUUGAAACAAAAAUCAAUUCUUGCUUUACAAAAUCUUUCAAGUUUUUUAAAGACUAUAUGUGAAAUUUAUAUUAAUACAAAGAAAAAGAAAAAUAAGGAAGAUUUUUUAAAUUCAUUUAAUCUACCAUUUAAUCAAUUUAGCAGGUAUGCAGAUGUGUCUCAAGAACUUUUAAUUUUUAAAAUGAUUUGUAAAAAUUUACAUGAAAUUUGUGAUAGCGUUUUUUGUUGUAUUCCUAGUUGUGAUUUUUAUAAAGUUAAUAGGUUACUACUUCGCAUUGACAAUAGAUUUACUUCAUUUUACAGUAAUUUAUUAGAAUUUAAAGAAAUAAUUGAAAAAAAAAAUGAUCAAGAUUAA